AAAAGGAGACACUCGUAACUCAACGCAGGGGACCUAAAUUCCACAAAAAUUCGCUUGAAAUGCUAAUCUCCCUUGCACAUAUUGACUAUAUUAAUCAUGAAACGAACGCACAAUAUGGGAUUUCGACAACGAGUUGUGAAAGUCGAUUUGAGACACUCACUGAUGCCUGAUAGGCGUUGGCCAGAAAUUCGGCUACAAAGUUCUAUGACAGUGAGCGAGUUAAAAAACAAACUUUAUGCUAAUACGGGAACUCAUCCAAGUGAUAUGACACUCUAUGCGUAUGCACCAUAUAAUGUACAACAAACUCAGGUAUUGCUGGACAAUGAUUCAGCGAAUUUAGAUACCUAUGGAAUUGAAGAUGGUCAUAUCAUAUACAUAAGGGCCGCAACAUCUAGCCGUAGUGAUACAACGUAUCCGGUUGGGUCAUCGCGUAUGAAUUUCUCCAACUCACGUUUACAAAAGCAUUACCAAGAACAGCUGCAACGUUGUCAAGAAUUAGGUGACGACGAAGCUUUUGAAAAGUAUAAGAUGAGUGAUGAUGACUAUGCAUUGCGAGCUCAAGAUUUGCGCAAUUUCAUCUCUCAGAUGAGAACUCGGGCUGGAUUAAAGGUUGCGGACGAUCCGUCUUCCAAAAAUGCCAAAACAAUCGCAGAAUUGAAAGAAGAAUAUACUAUAGGAACACGAUGCUCCGUGUCGCCAGGUGAAAUCCGUGGUAGCGUACAAUUUGUUGGUAUCGUAAAUAAUAAAACACUUAUUGGUGUGGAGCUGGACGAGCCGCUGGGUAAUAGUGACGGCACUAUCAAUGGAACGCGAGUAUUUAAUGCCCGGGGAGGCAAAUACGCUGGGUUUUAUCCACCGGAACAAGUGGAAGUGGGAGACUUUCCUGAGGUGGACCCAUUUGACAUCACUUGAAUGUGCAUUUA